AUGGCGGAAUUUGCAGCACAUUUAAACCAAGGAACGACAAAUGCAAACCCUACGAUAUUUGAGAUAGUCGCCGAAGAAUCUAUGGCUACAGUCCUUAGACCUGCUGUUUCUUAUGGCUUAAAAGUUUUAGCAACCUCAAAUCCCGACAGAUGGGGCUGGUUAUGGCGUGUAGGCGACGAGUUGUACGUCAUUUUAAAUUACAUUGUCCAGAAUCACUACCUGAAAAACUUCGGAGGGUCAAUCUCGGAACACUUUUAUGGUCUUAAAAGAGCGAUCAACGUUGAAAAUGGAGAAAGCAGAGGAGGGAUUUCAAAUUAUCACAGAUACUUGUCUUUAAUAAUGCUUGUUGUGGUUCCCUAUGCAAAGCUCAAACUUGAUCAACUGUUCGAACGAAUAAGGGAAGAAAAUGUGACCGGAUAUCUAGCCUCCUACUCUUCCAGAAAACGCUCAUAUUUCCUUCAGCUGAAGAGAGUAUUUAUCUAUGUUUAUCCUUGGUUGCAUUUUUCUUGGGAAACAGUGAUACUGUCUUAUUAUCUGUUGUACAUUUUCAAGUUUUGUAAUGUUCAUUCUCCUUUACUGCACGUCAUUGGAGUCUCACUUCAAAGGCUUACAAGACAAGAUAUGCUUGCACACAGCAUGCAGAAUGUUCAUACUGGCUUAUUCAGUGGAAAGACAUUAACCGAAAGAAUAUCAGCCAUUCCAAGAUCACUAGCACAUUUGCUGGCGUCAGUUUUAGCUAAUGGUCUCCCAGUCAUAGUCUUCUUUUUGAAGUUUAUAGACUGGUGGUAUUCAAGUGAGAACAAGGAAGCAGUUCAAGCUGUUACCCAAUUACCAAUUCCACCCCCACCUCCUCAACCUAAGGUAAAGUGCUAUUUUUGUUAGUUCUAUCAUAGUUAAAUUGGAAUGGUUGGGAAACCCUUUGCAGUGCUGUCAACUCUCCCGAAUAAUCCAGGAGACUCCAGAUUUUGGACCGUACCUCCUGGUCUCCAGAUUAGAGUAUGAAAUCUCCUGGAUAUUCACACUAUUGUACACUCGACUUUCUGACAAUAAACUUUUAGAUAUUUUGCAAUGUUUGAGCUAUUUUACUGUUAACAUCGAAUGUUUCCUCGUAAACUUCGGUAUGGUAUAUUUUGCCAUUGCAAUGUACGCAAUAAUGUGAAACAUUGCAAAUUUGUGAUGAGUGGGUCAAUGAGUAUUUUUUGCACAAAUGACUUCAUAUACCAUGCGAUAUGACGUCAUCUAUCAUCUCUUCCCUAUCAAUUCUUAAUGUUUGAGGACAUGGGGGGUUGACAGCCCUGCCUUUGUUAUAUGUUUUUGUUACCCUUUUUGGACCUGACUGUGCACAAUGUUCAAUAGCAUUCCUAUCACUUUUAACUUACUGACCAAUAGAAACAUUGUAUUAAUUUAUUCAGUCACAAUUUGUUAACGAAAAACAAAGGAUCGUGCACGGCCAAGGAGCUUCCAAUAUAGCCUACAGCACCAAUGUUUUCAACUCUGAUGUUUGCCGGCUUUCCUAAUCAGUCUCUUCUACUAACUAUGGUUCUAUUUGUUAUUGUUGUUUAACCCUGGGGGGAGGAGGGUACUCUCAUAACUUAACUACGGGGAAGUGUUACUGAGUCUUUGAGACUCUGGACCUGUUCCAGGCAAAAAGAGAGGAAUUUGCACCACUGUUUCAGUCAAUUAGCAAAAACAAAAAUGCACACAACAUUGUUGUUGAGAAGUUGUUUGUUCUUUGGGCAAUGGAAUGUAUUUAAGUGUGAUCAAGAAUAGUAAGGGAUUCUCAGGGAACAAAUCUGACUCUGUUCCAGUCAGUCAAAAUGAAGUAAAAUAUACUCAUCCUCCAGAGAGGAAGGUUGAGUUUUAUACCCUGUUCCAGAGCCUAAAGAGCCCACAUAUGGAAGUACCACCUCUCUCCUGGGGUUGUUUUGCAGGUCUCCCAAAAUGGUUAUAAACAAGUCCCAGGAGAUAUUCUGAGUGGAAUGUUUCCUGAGGGUGAAGGGUAUAGAAUGGUACCUUGAAAAACAUUGGUCUCGGAAAAAUUUGCCCUGAUCUCGAAACCUCGGAAGCAAGUCUCAUUUUCGAGUGAGUUUUGCAUCUUGGUAUCUUGCAUCUUUUUGCUAAGGGGUCUCAGAGUCUCAGAUUUGUGUUUUUUUUUCUUUCUGUUAGUCAAAUUUUUCAGAGUUCAUGGGCACAGCUUAUUGAACUGAGCUAGUUGUUUUUCAAAAGCAGUAAAACAAGACAAAGCAGUAUAUUCAUGGUAGGCUUACACCGUGCUAGCUUCCAUUUCAGCAUUUUGAGUAAUUUUAUUUAGCUUUAUUUGUGCCAUUAGCUCAAUAUUUUCAGCACUGAGUGUCUCAGUCUUGGAAUUUUUUAGAAGUAAAGUCUCAGGUGCAGAAUUGAUAAAUAUGCUUAAGUCUUGGUCUUGAAUUUACCAUUGUAUACCCCUAGGCUGAGAUGCAGCAACAGGGAAAAGGAAACUGCAUCAACUAUCAAAAUAAUGUAAUGCACCCUAAACUUAAGAUGAUCGAGGGGUUGAGAGAAGCAUUCUAAGACAAAGAAGGAUGGAGGAAGUAUACAGAAUAUCUACAAACAGCAUUUACGCCAAAAUGAAUGGCUUGAUGUUGAAGUUCUCAAACCUUUGCCAUCUGGUUGUUUACUUAGAUGAUUGCUUUACUUCUUAUUGUCUUUCUUUAUCAAGUUGAGGGGACCAGUGGGGAGGGUUAAUAUUGUCCACCCUGGAGUGGGGGGCGGGGAGUGCAAGUGCUUCAUGUUCCAUUAGCUUCCUCCUUAAUAUUAACCCUCUUUGAAGAGGUAUUUAGUUGGCUUAAGAUGUUUUUUGUCUUUUUUAGCCUGCCCAACAUGGCGUAAAGCUUCCACCACAUCCUGCCCAGUGUCCCCUUUGCAAGAAAGUUUGCACCAACCCAACAGCACUGUCAUCUUCUGGUUAUGUCUUCUGCUAUCCUUGUAUCUAUAAAUACCUUAACCAACAUGGUUGCUGCCCAGUCACUCACCUGCCAAGUGCUUCGAAGCAACUUGUUAGACUGUAUGUUGAUGACACAAACUAG